AAAAGGACGCGUGAUUGAACAACCUAAUAUAAUGGCCCCAUGUUGAUCUUCUCGAGAGGUGGGUUACUUAAAAAUGUUUUCACAAAAUAAUGAGUUAGUCUCGCGAGGCACACUCCAUGUCAGUAGUAGCGGUAAUGCGCGCCAAAAGUUGCUUUCCAACCGCCAUUAAAUACAAGAAGAAGAAAAGUACUUCCGCUUCCGGUCCCCCCCCCCACCCCCAGUGUUUUCAGCCAUAUAUGUUUAUGGUUCUUGUAUUAGUUGUUAUAUGUUUAUGGUUCUAAUAUAUUUUUAGUUUUUAUAUAUUUAUGGUUCUUAGUGACGCAGAAGGACAACUAACUGUCCUGGUGUGAACAUUUUAAUUUACCCCCCAAAAAAUGUCGGCCCCCAGCCUGCCGCUGCACACUCUUCAGAAGCAAUUUCUGGAAGGCUUGACCAGGUUCGUGUUAGAGUUCUUCCAAGACGUCGAGAAGGUAGUGACUAUUUACCAAGGGGAGGUGCUCCGCUACCAGGAGGAGAACCGCGGUCUGCGCUCCCUGCUGAAUGACGUCAUCCACCCGGAGAUGAAGGUGCACACUAAAGGUUGGUACACUUGUCACAAACACAUGGCGGCUUUCAUCUGCAUGGCAAGUUUCUACUGUGAGCUGCUGGGGAGCUUCAAGCCAGAUGGUAACAGAUCAACUACAACUGUCAGAGACCAAGCACCUGAGCAGACCACGCCAGAAUUUGCAGAGCCACUGGCGAAAAUGGCUAAAACGGAGCCGACGGAGCAAUCGAGGUUUGAUUCAUCCAAGUCACUGGCUGCCAAACAUGGGCCAAAAGAAGUUUUGCAGCCAUCCGUUAAUGUACCCAAGGAGGAGCAAACAGAAAUAUCCGUGUCAUCUGAACUAUUAACAUCAGAGCGGUUGCCUGGUAUACCUUCAGUGGUGCACAUGGAAGCAUCUAAACCAUACACUUUGGCUGAUACACCUCAUGGCUCAGAAACACACAUUUUACAGCCACUGGGUGUAACAAAAGGGCAGCAAAUUGAAUAUGAUAGACGCUUGGCACCAGAAGGAGAAAGCAGAAGUGACAAUGGACUCACUGUAGAGUGUUUUAAAAGUGAGGAUGAUGAAGACACUGGAAGACUUGACAUCACUACAUCGCUACAAGAUAUGGCUUUUGGAAACUUCCACACAGCCACAGAAUGCCCUGGUCUGAGCAGCUGGGAAGACAUCUUUAACAAAGACCUGGGAUCUCUGGAGCCUCCAAAAACCUCUUAUAAAAAGAACAUGUUGCUGCGUGUUGUGUUUAGCGGGGUGCAGAAGUAUCUCAGCAUGUGUGAGCCAACAUUCGAUGCCUUCCUGGAAGAAGUGAGCCUAAAGUUCCACAUACCACACAGCCAACAGUCAGAUUUGAAGGUGUAUGACCCGCCUGACACGAAAGUUGACGCGGCCGUCUUUGAAGAAGUCGUGAAGAAGUCAACUGGAACCUUCAGAGUCAUGCUGAGCAAUGAAGAACUUGUUACUCUGAACUUUACCAUGUGUGACACUGGGAAAGAAGCUGCCAGAAGAAGUCCACCUCAAAGGCCAAGUCAUGAUGCAAAAGCGUUGAUUGAGAACAUCCUAAUGACAAAGCCCGGUGGUGAACGCGUCAUGAAAGAGUACGCAAAAACCAAAUCCCUGACCAAUGCGACCAGGAGACAGAUGAUAAACAUCCUUGCUGCUGAGAUGACAGAAACACACGGGACGUCUCCUCCUAAAAGUGUGAGAGUGAUGUAUGCACGGGGGAUUGUUGCUCUCUUUCCAUAUCUGGAAGACCCAUAUUCCAAACAUGGAUAUGAACAUUACUACGAUCCAGAGAGAGGAUCAGGAUACCUGGCGUGGCGGUUGAAGACAAUUCAAAGAAAAACUGCAGAGGGAAGAAGUGUCUCGGUUGAGAAAACUCCCAAAAAUGGUGGGCCGGGUAAAGGUCGGUCAAGACCCUUCAACACGGACACGGUCCUGCCAUACCAGGAAGUGGAAGCAGCUGUGGAGGUUCUAAAGCACUCUUCUGAUGAAGGCACUAUUCGUGAAAAGAUGAAAGCCACCUUCAUUUAUCGUCGUUCAAUGGUGAAAGACGACAAGAAGUCCACAGAGGUCUUCUCAGUCUUCCCGCGGUAUCUGGACACACCAGGGCUGAUUGAACAAGACUUCCGACUCCUGUUUGGCGAGGUCACCGCCAACAAACUCUUGGAGACGUGGUCCAACAGUCUCAAAGCAAAAAUUGUGAGGGAAAGCCAUGGACUGGUACCCACCACAGAGGUUUUGGAGUUGAUGUGCAAUGCCAAGUCAGGCGCUGACAUGGAAAAUGGCUGGGACAGUGACAUGUCUGCUGUCUUGCUGCUGCUACAUCUCCUGCCACCAUCUGCACAAGGACGCAAGAGACCAGGAAAGAUGUCUGCAUCCCAAGCGGCUGAUAACCUCAUCAAAUUCCUCAAGGAAGGCAGCAGUCCACAGCAGCAUCUGGACUACACCACCCACACCUGUCAGCCAUACCUUCUAGUCCAGGGACCGACCAGGAGCAGAAUCCAGUCUGCUUUCAUCGUGAUUGACAACCACGCUCUGCCAUCCAAGGCUGCAGGUUCAUUAGCAGCUCUCGAUGAGCUCUUUAAGGCCUACUAUGUCUUUGGCAGGUCCUACACUUCUUCCCUCACCAACUUCUGGACUUUUCUGCAAACCACCAUUUAUAACAUUGACGUGGGGGAAACCAAGGAGAGUCCCCGGGUUGCAGAACUGCGAGCAAGAAUGAUGCGCUAGUAUCGCAGCCAAGAAUGAUGUGCUAGUAUCGCAGCCAAGAAUGAUGCGCUAGUAUUGCAGCCAAUAAUGAUGCGCUAGUAUCGCAGCCUAGAAUGAUGCCCUAGUAUCGCAGCCUAGAAUGAUGUGCUAGUAUCACAGCCAAGAAUGAUGCGCUAGUAUCGCAGCCACGAAUGAUGCGCUAGUAUCGCAGCCAAGAAUGAUGCGCUAGUAUCACAGCCACGAAUGAUGCGCUAGUAUCGCAGUCAAGAAUGAUGCGCUAGUAUCGCAGCCACGAAUGAUGCGCUAGUAUCGCAGCCAAGAAUGAUGCGCUAGUAUCGCAGCCAUGACACCUUUUCUUGGUCCAAGUCUCCUUUCACUGGCCGCCCAGUUCUGUUUGAAACAUGGGGAGACUUUCAAUGUCUGGAGACAAAUUCAACAUAGUCCAAAGACUGGAGCGCUCCUGGACCAAAGAGGUUUCAACACGGUGGUGUGUUGUCAGCCUCGUGUUCCAUCCCUGCUGGGAAUAUUUCUUCAUUUAUGUUUGUUAAUGAUCUUAACUUUGUUUACCUCCAAAUAACUCUGAAUUAUAAUCUUUAGGCACCGCACCAUUUGUUUCCAUUAUUGGGGGUAACUCACCCACUCACAGUCAAUUCUCCAUUUAAAAUCAAUACUUUUUAACAACACUAAGUGCCAGUUCUGUGAUGAACUACAUUCCUCCAUAAAAUAGAUAAACAGCUCUGAUACAUUUCUAUGUGUAGUAGACCUAAGUAUUCAUUAAGUACCACCAUAAUGACAACAUUAAAAUACAGUAGUGUAGUAGACCUAAGUAUUCAUUACGCACCACCAUAAUGACAACAUUAAAAUACAGUAGUGUAGUAGACCUAAAUAAAAGUGUAAAAAAAAAUGACUGUUAAAUGUUGUGUUUGGAUUGCGCCCUUACUCAUUGCAUUACGGUACCUAUUGUGUUGUGCUGUAUGUUCUAUAUGUUUACGGUACGUACACAGGAUGUGACGUCAUUACGCUCUCAUUGUGA